GUUUGACUUACUACACUUUUCAGCUAAGCAUGACCUCUUCUUCUUGUACCCAGAAUCGCCUGGCCCGCCUUCGCUACCAAUUCUUUCCCUCUGGCCUUGAGACAGAACACAAGAAUACAUGCGCGUUCAACAACGUUUCUGCCAGCAUGAACGCCAGCAGUCUCAUCUUUCCCCCAAUUCGAGUUUUAGUAACUGGUGCAGCAGGUCAGAUUGGAUACAAUUUGCUUUCAUUGAUUGCGUCUGGUCAAAUGUUCGGCCCUUCUCAGCCAGUCAUCCUUCAACUCUUAGAAACUGAGCAUGCCAUGGAAGCACUUCGCGGAGUUGUCAUGGAACUAGAAGAUUGCGCUUAUUCUCUUGUACAUCAAGUUAUUGCGACGAGCGAUAUAAGUGUAGCUUUCCGAGAUGUAAGCAUCGCCCUUUUGGUUGGCUCGAUGCCUCGUGGAAAAAGCAUGGAAAGAAAAGAUUUGAUAACAAAAAAUGCCGCUGUUUUUAAAGAACAAGGAAAUGCAUUGGAAAAAUAUGCUUCUAGGAAUGUCCGAAUCCUUGUUGUUGGAAACCCAGCUAAUACGAACUGUUGUAUUGUUGCAGCAUGCGCACCCUCUAUACCUCGAAAAAACUUUUCUGCACUUACUCGUUUAGACAUGAACCGCUGCCGGUCCCAUUUGGCUGGUCUUCUCACCAAAAAGCUCAACCAAUUUGUAGACCCUAAGCAUGUACGCAAUACGAUAAUUUGGGGGAAUCAUAGCCUCACUCAAUAUCCAGAUGUGAGCCAUGCGACCUAUUCCGCAGACAGCCACCAAUUCGAUGUACAUUCCGUCCGCGAGGUGCUGUGUUCUGAUUUUUAUCUGGAUGGAGAGUUUAUCAGAAUGAUUCAAAACAGGGGUGCAGCUGUCAUUUCUGCAAGAGGAAUGUCCAGUGCUAUGUCAGCAGCUCGCGCUAUAUGUGAUCACAUGAGAGAUUGGAUUUGUGGAACCACUACGGAUGAAUGGGUAUCCAUGGCUGUUUUGAGCGAUGAAAGUUAUGGAAUACCAAAAGGACUGGUGUUUUCAUAUCCUGUUAGAUGCCCAGGAAAUGGUCAGUUUGAAAUUGUAAGAGGAUUGAAAACAAAUCAACUUUGGAAGGAGAAGAUUGAUAUAACAACCAAAGAAUUGAUCGAAGAGCGGAAUACUGCUUUUCAACAACUAAAACUUACAAUGGAUUAAUAAUGCACACCUGAUUUGUAAUUCAUUUUCCGAAGUCUCUUGUUUAUUGCUCUUGACCACAGUAUAUUUGAUUGCCUCUCCAGGCUUUUUUAAACCAUGUAUUCCUUUUCAUAAAAAAAUCAUAUCAAUUACACUUUGACAGGCACUUGUUGACUCGUGGACUAUAUAAAUUAAACACCAUACUAAAUAGUCGGAAAAGCCAGUCUAUGUACGAAUUCGGUUACUGGAUAUUCAAAAAAAGCAUGUACGCGUUCUGAUACAACUUUAAACUAUGAAAGCACUUUCGGGUACCAGCUAUCAAAUACACAUAACUAACGUCUGAAGUGUUUCAUUGGUUAUGGAUUAAGAAGGACACUCCCCUACUGAUCUUGCUG